AUGUUCUCAAUCACUGAAGAACAACUCUUCACUUUUCAUUUUGUAGAUCGCGAGAUAUUUUGUCGAUUGGUGUUCAAUUUCAAGAGAGAUCCCGUUGAAUCCUUACUGGUUAUGGCCGUAUGGUUAUGGUUGGAAGAGUUGGGCUUUCGUGAUAUCACUUUAAGAUUGAUGAACCAACCAGAUUUUGUGCUAAAAGCUGUCGCCGAUGAAGCUGCUCUUUUUCUCCAGUGCAUGGAACAGUCUUGUCCUCCUUCACCAGAUUCCUUUGGCGGAAUGGCACUUACUACUCUACUUGUGGGAAAAGAGGUUUCUUACGAUAUAAUCUUUCAAAAUAAAUAUACAGCCAUUAAUGGCAUAAAGAGUGUUCUGAAUUCCGUAUGUGCCUCGAUCUUCCCCGAUAUCAUGCAAAAAGUGUUGGGAAAUCAAUGUGUUGUAAGUCCAGAUCACCCUCUUGUUAUUCCUGGUUUUCCUCAUCCAGUUUUUGGUGCAGUUAAAAUCUGGCCAAGGGAGACGGAUAAUAGCCUACCUGAUUAUGGAAUGUUGAUUGAAUUGAACUCUGUAAAUAAUGUUAUGAAAGACAAUUGCCAGUUCUGA